ACAUUAGCAAGAGAGCAAGUUGCUCCAGUUGUUCCGGAGCAGGAAAAUUUGAAAGGGUUCCCUAAAGGACAGCCUCAAGAGGGCAAGGGAGCACCUAACUUCUCCAAGAGGGGAGAAAAAUGCUUAUUUUUCAUGCUUUACCAGAAAACCUACUUCCCUGACAAGCUGAGUUCCAAGGCUCAUUCAUAGUUACAAGCCUGUUUCAACUUGAAGACAUCGUAUCAGGUGGAUGGACAACCAGCUACUGCAAUGAAAGAAAGCAAACCUACAAAUAAAACAACCUACGCUGAACCCAUGCGUCAAUCAUCCCCCAGUGUUUCCUGACAUGUAUUUUUGCUUCCAGUUCAUCACAACUAAAGAAUGGGGCUCAACCUGACACUUGCAAAAUUACCAGAUAAUGAGCUACAUGGCCACGGGAAUCAUGCUCCAAGCAACACAAGUGAUGGAUGGAGAAAAAACAUCACCGCUAACAACGAGUUUGACACAAUUGUCUUGCCUGUGCUUUAUCUCAUCAUAUUUGUGGCCAGCAUCUUGCUGAAUGGCCUGGCAGUGUGGAUAUUCUUCCACAUCAGGAAUAAAACCAGCUUCAUAUUUUAUCUCAAAAAUAUAGUGGUUGCUGACCUCAUAAUGACACUGACAUUUCCAUUCCGAAUAGUCCAUGAUGCAGGAUUUGGCCCUUGGUACUUCAAGUUUAUCCUCUGCAGAUACACUUCAGUUUUAUUUUAUGCAAAUAUGUAUACUUCCAUCGUGUUUCUUGGGCUAAUAAGCAUUGACCGCUAUCUGAAGGUGGUAAAGCCAUUUGGGGACUCUCGCAUGUAUAGUAUAACAUUUACAAAGGUUUUAUCCAUUUGUGUUUGGGUGACCAUGGCUGUUUUGUCCUUGCCAAAUAUCAUCCUAACAAAUGGUCAACCUACUACAGAAAAUGUCCAUGACUGCAUGAAAUUUAAAAGUCCCUUGGGAGUCAAAUGGCAUAAAGCAGUCAUUUAUGUCAACAGCUGCUUGUUUGUGGCAGUGCUGGUGAUACUGAUUGGCUGUUACAUUGCCAUAUCAAGAUACAUCCAUAAAUCUAGCAGGCAAUUCAUAAGCCAGUCAAGCCGAAAGCGAAAACAUAACCAGAGCAUCAGGGUGGUAGUGGCUGUGUUUUUUACCUGUUUUCUCCCAUACCAUUUGUGCAGGAUUCCUUUUACUUUUAGUCACUUAGACAGACUUUUGGAUGAAUCUGCACACAAAAUCUUGUAUUACUGCAAAGAAAUGACACUUUUCCUGUCUGCAUGCAAUGUGUGCCUGGAUCCAAUAAUUUACUUUUUCAUGUGUAAGUCAUUUUCAAGAAGGCUAUUCAAGAAAUCGAAUAUCAGAACCAGGAGUGAAAGCAUCCGAUCCCUACAAAGUGUCAGAAGAUCAGAAGUCCGCAUAUAUUAUGAUUAUACUGAUGUGUAGCAAUUAAAGAUUACUAGGUCUUCUGCUUGUUGAAAAAAAUUAAUGUGUACAAAGUGUAAAUAAAUGUUUCUUUUGAUUA